AUGGGCAGGCUAGUUGCGGUCGUGAUGUGCCUAGCGCUGUCGUGCAUCAGUUUCAAGAACGCGAGCGGAGCGGAGUACACGGUCGGAGACGCGGGCGGUUGGACCGUCAACAUCGAAGGCUGGACGCAAGGCAAGAAGUUUAGGCCCGGCGAUGUGCUGUUAUUCAAGUACGAUCCUGCUCUGCACAACGUGGUGUCGGUGGACUUAGAUAGCUACGACACAUGCACGCUGGGAGAAUCUCCCAAGAUAUAUGAAUCCGGGAAAGAUCGUGUGGUCUUGAAGAGGGGCAAUAGUUUCUUCUUCAGCAGCAAGGGUAGGGACUGCGAUAACAAGAUGAAGAUCGAAGUCCAUGCUUGGGGUUUCCCUCCUCAACCGUGA